AUGGGGGUUGGGUCAGUGGAGGACUUCGGUCAGUGGAGGACUUGGGUCAGUGGAGGACUUGGGUCAGUGGAGGACCUGGGUCUGUGGAGGACUUGGGUCUGUGGAGGACUUGGGUCAGUGGAGGACUUGGGUCAGUGGAGGACUUGGGUCUGUGGAGGACUUGGGUCAGUGGAGGACUUGGGUCAGUGGAGGACUUGGGUCAGUGGAGGACUUGGGUCAGUGGAGGACUUGGGUCAGUGGAGGACUUGGGUCAGUGGAGGACUUGGGUCAGUGGAGGACUUGGGUCAGUGGAGGACUUGGGUCAGUGGAGGACUUGGGUCUGUGGAGGACUUGGGUCAGUGGAGGACUUGGGUCAGUGGAGGACUUGGGUCAGUGGAGGACUUGGGUCAGUGGAGGACUUGGGUCAGUGGAGGACUUGGGUCAGUGGAGGACUUGGGUCAGUGGAGGACUUGGGUCAGUGGAGGACUUGGGUCAGUGGAGGACUUGGGUCAGUGGAGGACUUGGGUCAGUGGAGGACUUGGGUCUGUGGAGGACUUGGGUCAGUGGAGGACUUGGGUCAGUGGAGGACUUGGGUCAGUGGAGGACUUGGGUCAGUGGAGGACUUGGGUCAGUGGAGGACUUGGGUCAGUGGAGGACUUGGGUCUGUGGAGGACUUGGGUCAGUGGAGGACUUGGGUCAGUGGAGGACUUGGGUCAGUGGAGGACUUGGGUCAGUGGAGGACUUGGGUCAGUGGAGGACUUGGGUCAGUGGAGGACUUGGGUCUGUGGAGGACUUGGGUCAGUGGAGGACUUGGGUCUGUGGAGGACUUGGGUCAGUGGAGGACUUGGGUCUGUGGAGGACUUGGGUCUGUGGAGGACUUGGGUCUGUGGAGGACUUGGGUCUGUGGAGGACUUGGGUCAGUGGAGGACUUGGGUCUGUGGAGGACCUGGGUCUGUGGAGGACUUGGGUCUGUGGAGGACUUGGGUCUGUGGAGGACUUGGGUCUGUGGAGGACUUGGGUCAGUGGAGGACUUGGGUCUGUGGAGGACUUGGGUCAGUGGAGGACUUGGAUCAGUGGAUUAAAGCGUGGGUCUGGAAUCAGUCCGAGAGGUAA